GUGAUAAGCAUGUAAGGGAGUGUUCUAACCGAGAGCAUAAACUUUUGUUGGCUAUGGGAUUACAAUGCGUCUUCAACUAGUAUUUAAUCAGAAUGAAGCGAACCAUGGGAAACGAAGAGAGAUUACAGCGAGCCUUUCAGAGAGAUCUGCGUAAGCUCAGUCAAAGUGAAGAUGUCAUCCUCUAGAACCGCUUGGAUGAGUCUAAAUGAGGACCACAAAAGCGUCAUGAGUGUCGCGUUCCGAAACCUGAGCGUCCGCGCAUUUGGGCGACAGACGGAUUACCAGCGCACCAUUUCUAACUUCUUUAACGCCUGGUUGGCAAUUUGUGCCGACUGGGUUAUGAGAAAGCCGAAGCUUCGAGUUGACAUUUUGCAUGAUUUCGAUGGCCUCGUAUCGAGCGGCGAAAUGCUUCUGGUGCUUGGGAAUCCCGGCAGCGGAUGCACUACCUUGUUGAAAACUCUGGCAGGCCAGACAUAUGAUCUUUGCGUAGACGCGCAGUCAAUUCUGAACUACCAAGGUCUCUCAUCGAAGCAAAUGUUCACCGAGUUUCGAGGCAAAGGCACGUAUCAAGCCGAGUUUGAUAUCCAUUUCCCGACCUUGACCAUGCGAGAGACCCUCGAAUUCGCGUCUAAGGCACGGAAACUACCACGCGACUGGAAUGAAUGUCGUGGCGCUGUCGAAGCCAUGGCUCGCACUUUAGGUCUUACUAAAGCGCUUGAUGUCAAAAUGGGAAAUGCUUUGGUCCCCGGUGUCAGUGGAGGGGAGCGUAAGAGGACAAGCAUCGCGGAAAUACUUCUAGGCGAUAGUGUCUUCCAGUGUUGGGACAAUAGUACCCGAGGGUUAGAUAGCGUUAACGCUGUCGAUUUCAUCAAGACCUUACGAAGGCGCACGUCAGAAAGCGGAUCCGUCGCCAUUGUGACGCUCUAUCAAGCCGGCGAGGACAUCUAUAACUUAUUCGACAAAGUAACGGUCAUACACGAAGGGCGGCAAAUUUAUUUUGGACCGACUCGGGAUGCCAAAAAGUACUUCACCGACCUCGGAUUCAUUGUACCACCUAGGUCCACAACGCCCGAGUUCUUAACUUCUAUUACGAGACCUAUUGGUCUACGUCCCCAGACGAGGGAAGACAACGUGUGGCCUCCGCGAACUGCCGCGGAAUUCUCACAGGCGUGGAAGAAUUCUCCCGAAUAUAAGGUGUUGGUCAACCAAGUCGACGAUUACAACCAAGUUCACUUAGUAGGAGAGGAUAGCCUUCGUAGGGUGCGAAGAGAGCUGAAAGGCACCGAAAAGAAAAGAUCCCCCUACGUCCUCCCAGUCCUGAAGCAAAUCGGAUUGUGCGUACACCGAGGCUUCCUUCGUCUGCGCCAUAACUUAGCAGUGCCCAUAUCUACCAUCAUGGGCAACAUGGUCACUUCCAUUAUCCUUGGUAGCAUGUUUUAUGAUAUGCCACAGAAUACCAGCAGCUUCUUUGGCCGCACGGUGUUGUUAUUUUUCACAAGUCUAGUCAACACAACAUUAGCUGCCUUCGAGUCUGUCGCACUAUGGGAUGAUCGUCCAAUCAUCGAGAAGCAUGUUCAGUACGGUUUCUAUCAUGCGUUUACUGAAGCCAUCGCAUCUUUUUCUUGUGAUCUGCCCAAUAAACUUGUCCUGACUUUUGUGUUCAAUUUCCCUCUCUACUUUCUGAGCAAUCUUCGGCGUACACCAGGUGCAUUCUUCACCUACUACCUAUUCGGCUUGAUGAGUCUUCUCAAUGGGUCCGUGAUAUACAGAUCCAUGGGCGCCAUGUCCCGGACUCUGGCUGGCUCUCAACCUCCUGGUGCCGUGCUAGUCAUGCUCUUGACUAUCUACAGCGGGUUUGUCGUACCAUUCCGAGAGAUGCGCCCGUGGCUUCAGUGGUUCUCGUAUAUCAACCCUGUGUACUAUGUCUUUGAAGCCAUGGUCGUCAACGAGUUUCACGGACGCGAAUUUGACUGCGCAACAUUCAUCCCCGAAGUAAAUAGAGAUGCGUCUCACUUCAUUUGCUCUAGUGCUGGUGCUACGCCUGGGAAGACUACAGUUUCUGGGGACGACUAUGUUAGAGCAGAAUUUGGGUUCGAGCCCGGGCAUCUUUGGAGAAAUCUUGGUAUUUUAAUUGCCCUGGGAGUCUUUUUUGCAUGGACCUAUGUUACCGCCACCGAGUACAUCACCAUGCUUCCGCCAAGAUCGGAUAUUUUACUUUUCCAGAGAGGCCACAUGCCCUCUACUGCUCCCCACGUUGAAGACGAGGAGAUGGGCACAUUCCAUCGAAGCAGUGGAGAGAACUUAGUCGAGAGCAAAAAGCCAGCGGACGAUAUGCUUGGUAUCAGUAAUGGCGCUCACCUUCUUUGGACUGACCUCAGUUAUUCUAUCAAGGAGGGGAAGAAGGAAAAAGUUAUUCUGAACAAUAUUUACGGCUGGGUCAAGCCUGGGACCCUGACGGCACUCAUGGGACCUUCGGGAGCCGGAAAGACUACUCUUCUAAACGUCCUAGCCGAGCGAACUACAAUAGGAGUCGUCACUGGCAACAAAACAACCAAUACACGGUACCAAAAUGUCGCAUUUGCUCGGAAGAUAGGUUACGCCCAACAAGACGACAUACAUCUUCCCACGACAUCUGUUCGCGAGGCUCUUACAUUCAGCGCCCUACUUCGACAGCCCGCACACUACUCGAAACACGAAAGGAUUGCUUACGUCGACCACGUGAUCGAGUUGCUCAACAUGGAAGCGUUCCAACACGCCGUAGUCGGCAGGCUCAACGUAGAACAGAAGAAGCGCGUAACAAUCGGCGUUGAGCUGGCCGCGCGACCAGAGCUUCUUCUCUUCCUCGAUGAACCGACAAGCGGUCUUGACAGCGACUCCGCCUGGUCUUUCUGCACCCUCUUGAGACAGCUGGCCGAUAGCGGCCAGGCGAUCGUCUGCACUAUACACCAGCCGUCGGGUCCGCUCCUGACUUUAUUCGACCGACUCCUGUUCCUAAAGGAGGGGCAUUCGAUGUACUUCGGCGACUUUGGACCGGAAUUCCGUACCUUGAUUCAGUACUUUGAGAGUCAUGGAGCGCGUAAAUGCUUGGCCCAUGAGAAUCCUGCUGAAUGGAUGAUGGAGGUCACGAGCGAUGAUGCGACUAGCGAUGGGACAAACUGGGCCGACAUAUGGACCAAUUCCUUGGAAUACGCUGUCGUCAGAGACGAGUGCCAGCAGAUGCAACAGCGCUUGUCCAUGACGACGGCUAAAGGAGACAUGAACGAGGAUCGUGCCACCGAGUUCGCAACGUCGUUCUGGUAUCAGCUUGGAGUUGUGACCGAGAGAGCUUUCAAGCAUGAUUGGAGGUCCCCAGAAUAUCUAUACUCGAAGAGUCUCACUACCUUCGGCUGCGCAUUCAUCAACGGAGUGAGCUUCUGGGCAUCAGGAUACACGUCCCAAGACAUCCAAAACCAGAUCUUCUCCCUCUUCCUCCUAACCACGAUAUUCGGCACGCACGUACAGCUGAUAAUGGAGCGUUUCUACCACAGCCGGCUCCUCUACGAGAACCGCGAACGGCAGUCGCGCACGUACUCGUGGCUAGCCUUCCUCAUCUCCAACAUCGUAGUCGAGCUCGCCUCGCAGACCGUCAUCAGCGUUAUCGCGUACGUAGCCUGGUACUACCCCGUCGGCUUCUGGCGGAAGGCGAUCGACCAAGGCGAGCUUAACAGCCGCAGCGGGCUCGUCUUCCUGCUGAUAUGGUCUCUGCUUGUCCUGUUCCAGACCCUUUCGCAGAUGCUUAUGACUAUCAUGCCUGACAUCCCGACCGGCAUCAACAAUGCCAAUCUCCUCUUCAUGCUCUCGUUAAUAUUUUCUGGUGUGCUCGUACCCCCCGACGCGCUUCCCCGCUUCUGGAUCUUCAUGUACCGGGCGACGCCGCUGUCGUACUACAUCUCAGCCAUCAUCUCAACCGGACUUUCCGGGUCGGACAUUUAUUGUUCCUCGAAUGACCUCCUGCGACUUGAUCCUCCUCCGGACCAGACCUGCGGCUCGUACCUCAGUGCUCCUUCAUCUGUGGUUCUGAACCCAGAUGAUAGGGUGGGGUGCCAAGUAUGUCCUUACACGAGUGCUGACGCGUUGCUGGCGUACUUUGGCAUAUACUACGACGACCGCUGGUGGCAGUACGGCGUCACGAUCGCUUACAAUGUGAUUAACCUGAUGCUAGCGUUGUUGCUGUACUGGUUGGUUAAGGUGCCAAAGGGGCCUAAGAAGGAGAAGAAACAGUAG